AAGCGAGAGAACCGGUUUGUCGCUUGGGAAUGUAGUAGUUUUGUUGUAUUUUCAAGGGCUACUCCUUGCCAAGACUUAUUCGAAAUAGCGAGUGAUGUGAUUUAAAGCACACUGGAUUGACGGGCUUUUGAGAAUUGUAAAGAAAAGGAUGCAGGAGAAGUCGGUUGGCAUUAGAUAAUGAAUACCAUUUAGAUGAUACAAAAGAAGCAGAACAAUUGACCAUGACGUCCUUAGGAAAGCUUGUUUUCUCAGAUACAUACUCCAGGCACUCACCACCAGCUAUUGCAGGCACAUCAUCAUCAUCAAAUAGUAAUGACUCUUUGUCUUUGGCAUUUGAAAAUCUCUUUCACAUGCCUUAUGACAUCAUUGAAAAUUAUGGCACUAAAAUUCAGACACUUGAUAUAAGUCAUAAUAAGUUUGGCAGGAACUUACAUUUCUUAGCUGAAUUUGAAAACUUGCAUUCCUUAAUUUUAGAUCAUAAUAAUAUUGAUGCCCUCUCAGUGUUUCCUUUUAUGCCUACAUUAGAACUCUUGUGGCUGAAUGGCAAUAAGAUUGAGGAACUUUAUCCAUUUUUAAAGAAUUUAUAUAAAAGUUUUCCAAAUUUAAGAUUCUUGAGUUUAAUGGGAAACAAGGCUGCUCCAAGUUACUUUAAUGGUGGCAGCUUUUAUGAUUACCUACAGUACAGAUUGUUUGUGAUCUCAUGGUUUCCGCAUUUGGAACACCUCGAUGAUAGAACCGUAACGCCGGAACAGAGGGUAGAAGCAAAAAGAUUAUUCAAAAGGCCCGCCUUGGAACAAUUUAUCGAGAACGCGCCUCUUCCGGAAUGUAUAAAAUAUUUACAUAGCAAAAUAGCAUUGUUUUUUGCAAAACCAAUUUCACUGUCAGAUAAAUUCAAAUUUGUAAAGGGACGAAACUUCAUUAUCUAAGUCAGUAUUACGAAAGAGAAUAUUUGGAAAUGUAUUUUUAAAGUGUAUACCUUACCAGUCAUCAGUGCAAUGCAUGUUCAAUAAGAAAAUAGAGUUACGUAAUUUUACUGUCCAAUAGAUUGUAAGGAAGGCCUUAUAACUUGUUAUGGCUGCACGUUUUCAUUGUGAAAAUCUCUCAUAAUAUUAGCACAAUCAUUUUCACGCUCUAAGCAUUUCUAUAAUCAAUUUUAGAAAUUUAAAAGUACCCAAUAUUUUUUAUAUAGUUCGAAAUACAUUUUUCACUUUCAAAUUGAAGCGCACAUUAAACCGGAAUUUAUUUAUACUUUUUAUAUUUUUUUACAUACCAUUCAGUCACACAAAAGACAAUACAUGUUUUGAUAAGAUAAAACCCGAAAGCUUGAAUUAUUUUAAGAUAAUAACGCUAAAUUCUCCAAGUACAUUUAUGGUAAUGUAAAGUGUGAGUCAGUAAAAUUUAUGUCAUACCAAAACAAAAUAAAAUUUUUAAAUUGUAACUUAA